AUGCCCAAAAAAAGCAAAGUAAAUAAAUUGGCGAGAAUGUCGGACGAGGAACGCGCGAGGUACCUCCAGCACCGAGCGGAUUUGGAGGAAGAAACUCGUCGGAGGAAGAGAGAGCUCGUCACCAGAUUCAUUAAGAACAAAUUAGACAAAGAAGAGACUUACGCACGGAUGAAUACCGCGAAGAUAAAUCAAGAAUGGCGUUACAUAUUGCGUAGAAUCAAAUGUAAACAGAUGGCCUUAGAUAUACAGGGUAUGAUGAUGAGUUUCAACUUCAUGGUCGAGAGAAAGGAUCGUCUUUUAAAGGCUCUGGUGAAGAGUCUUGAUGACUCCGACGAACAACACCGUCGUGCUUUCCAAGCGCACACGGAGAACGUUAGCUAUUUUCUUAGCAUAGGAACUCAACGACUAGACAAAUUGCAAUCGGAAUAUGAGCAUCAGAAGAAUGAUCUACUUGAAAAUUGGGAAAGAGACGAAUUUGACAUCACCGACAACCAAGACAGGGCCGAGUACAAGCUGCUUCUCAUAAAUUAUAUCCAAGAGAGCAAUUUUAAUGCCUUUAAAAAACAGAAAGAAAUCGAGAGGGCUACGGCGAAGAAUGAUGCAAGAUUAGAGCAUGAGGAUGAGAUGCGUACUCUUUGCAAACCUAAAAAGCUGGAAAUUGAAACAUACUGGUCUAAGCUACGGGAAGUUUACACUUCAUAUUUGGAACAACACAAUCCGAUAAUGGCCCAUUAUCAGGCUUUGAGGGAAAAAGAUGAAUUUUACCAAAGGGACAUAGCACGAAACGAUCUUCGCAUACGCCGCGAAACCGAGAAUCUCGUCAUGUUGCAAAGUGCAUGGUUAAAAACAACAGGCAUGAUGAAAAACAAAUUAAUUCGAAUGUGGAACAAGAAAGAAGAAUUAGCAAAAAAGUAUUGGCAAAUGAAGAGAGAUAACAAAUCGGAACUAACUAAGGAUGACCAGAAGUUAACCGUGAUGGUUAACUCUAGCCAGGAUGCCAUUAAGCGGCUGGAAGAAGCGAAACAAAAAAUAUAUAAAGUAAUUCAGUUGGCUGAUAUUUGUCGUAAAUACGAAAACGUCGGCGAUAAUAUUGUUUUUUAUGACUCCGAGAAUGAUGUGGAUUCGCUUGACUAUGAACAUUUGAAUAGAGCAAUGAUUGACGAAUGCAAAGAAUACGAUAAAAUGGAUAAGUUUUUGCUGAAAUUAAACAGAGCAAAGGUACAGACAAUGUGCUUGAAAACUGAGAAAGCAAAGUUAUCGAAAGAGAACAUCCAACUUAAACAUUACAUUAAGAAGUAUCUCACUGAAUUGGCACUUAGAGAAAAAGACAGACCACACAGUGUCAAGAUAGCCUCUGGUGUUCAGAAGCUGGAUGCGAAUGGAAAGACACUUAACCGUCCAGUAACCUGUAUAGAAGGUGCUCUGUGUAAUGCUGUGAUGCAUGAAAAAAGAAUGAAAACUUAUAUGAAGAAAAAUAAGGAAGCCAGCAUCCAAGCAUACCCAAGAAUUCAAUGUUGGAUGCAGCCAUCUUAGUUUAAAUGUUUUGGAAGCAACAUGUAACUAUUGCUCCAUCACUUUUAAUUGUUUGCAGUUAAGUAAAAUAAAAGAUAAAAAGUAAUAUGAGGAUUGUUUGUUACUAUUUAAGUCAAAAGUUAGUGAAGUAUGUCCUUCAGUUUCUAUAUCCGUUCUUCUUGUUUCUUCUGAACUAAGUAGAACUAAAUAAAAAACUGGAAUGGAACAUUUUAUAUGAAUUAAUUUCAAUAAAAUAAAU